UAUAUAUAGAAAUAUAAAAAUAUAAUUUACAUUACCAACAUUGUGCAAUUGAAAUCGAUCAAAGAAAGCAAUGCACAAAUGACGCUGCAACGCCAUAAAGCAAAGUUGCUGCAACAACGUAAACAAACUUGCAACAACUGCAACGAAAGUGAACAGAACAAAUGCCCGCCCAUUGGCAGCAAAUGGGCCAACAUAUGGACAAUACUCCUGCUGCUGCUGUUGUCCUCCUGCCAACUGGGUCGCGCACAACAACAGCAACAACAACAACAACAACAACAGCUUAGACAGGGCCAAGCAGUGCCAGCCCACACGGAGCGCGAAUCCGUUGAACUGCCACAGGACAUUGAGAGCGACAACGAUAUCGAAUUCGCCAGUCUCGAUGGCGCCACGCAGCUGCUGCCAGCGACGCGCCAUGGCGUCGACGCCACAGCGGCGCCGCCGUCGACGCCGUCGCUGCUGCUGACAUCAUCGGCCAAUUCCUACACGGAGCUGCCCGGCGGCGAGAUACUGAGCGAGCGCACUUUGCGGCUCAGCGAGAGCCCGUACCUGGCACGCGAGGACCUCGAGGUGGUGCGCGGCGCCCGUCUGACCAUCGAGCCGGGCGUCACGGUGGAGUUUGCACCCACCAAGGGACUCAAAGUGCGCGGCGUGCUGCAAGCUGUGGGCACUCCCUCAGCGCGCAUUGUGCUAAAAUCCCAGAGUAAUGUUGCCAACUAUAAAAUGGAACUGCCAGACGAUCAGGAGAAGGGCAUACGUUUGGUGGAUGGGCCCACGCCUGUGGAGGGACGACUCCAGCUAUUCCAUAAGGGCGCCUGGCGCUCUGUUUGCUCCAAUUCCAGAAAUUGGACCGUGGCGGACUAUUCGGUUGCCUGCAAGCAGCUGGGCUACAGAGGAGGUCGCUUCUGGAACUGGGUGGAGCGCACUCCUGGAUAUUAUCCACGUUUGCUCUACGAGCAGCCGAAAUGCCGAGGCGGGGAGAACAGUCUGAUGGACUGCGCGUGGAGCUCGAGGCAAAUGGGCGCUGGCUCCUGCGACUACCACAAUGACUUGGGCAUUCAGUGCCUGCCGGUGCACGCGGAGCCGCUGGGUCACUGGCGCGGCCUGUACUUUGACAAUGCGCCGUCGACCAAGUCACUGGGCAGAGACAACACCGUCUAUGCAGCGCAGUCGGAGUCACGCCUCAAGUACGUGGACAUCAUCAGGGCGGGCAAUGGAGCUGGCUUCAGUGCCAAGUCGGCGCUGGAGGUGCAGGGAUUGCCGCCACAGAUGGAGCACGUGGUGAUCAGCCACUCGGCGUACACGGGCUUCAAUAGCACACGGCCCUGGGCAGGAUUUCAGCUGCAGAACGUGACGGUGCGAAAGAGCAACGGCAUCGGCAUCUUCGUCAACUCCAGCCAGGGCCUGGUGCAGCUGGAGGGCUGCUCGGUGAUGGACAAUGCGGCCGAUGGCAUCAAGUACGUGGGCCACGAUCUGCGGGGCACUGAGCGCACGGACCGGGCCAGCAUUUACGAUUUCUGCACGCUGCCCACCACCUCGGGCCAGACCUAUCCCAUCUCGCUGUCCUUCACCCAGAAGUACUACGCCGGCUCGGCCAAGGAGUGCGGCAAGUACUUCUUCACGCGGCCCGGCUACUACCUCACGCUGCACUUCGAGCACUUUGUGCUGCAGCAGAACGAGACGGCGACCGUGGAGAUCUUCGACGGCGCCUCCAGCAACGACCGGCUGCUGUUCGCGUGGCAGGCGCGGAACUUUACGCGGCCUCAGAGCGUGACCAGCACCCGGGAGAAGAUGUUCGUGCGCAUCAGAGCGGACGCUCGGCGGGAGUUGAACGGAUAUUUCCGCAUCACGUCGGGCGAUUCGGUGGCCUAUGAUCUGCGCGUCUCCCAGUCCACGGUGGAGGACAAUGGCGGACGGGGCGUGGCCAUUGACAACAUCCGGUCCAAGCUGCACGUGCACGCCAGCUCCGUCUCGGGCAACGGCCAUGUUGCCGGCGUCCACGUGACCAGCGGAGCGGGCGACGUCAACAUAACCAGCAGCAACAUCAGCUUCAACAAUGGCGCUGGCGUGAACAUCACCUACUACGGCGGCAACCGGAACAUCUCACGGUCGGCCAUCAGCGCGAAUCGCGGCUAUGGGCUGGCCGUCUGGCUGAACCACACCACGGAUGUGGACCGGAUCGAGUAUAUACCGUUCAAUCAGACCAGUGCCGUGGAGUACUCGCAGAUCGCGGGCAACCUGGAGACGGGCGUGUUCCAUGGCAACUACUGCCGGCCCAUCUGGGUGAACAUCACGGGCAACAGCUUCAAUGGCAGCCAGCAGAACGACAUCUUCAUCGAGUCGUGCUACCAGGCCACGGCCAACGGGCAGCCGAACAUGCAGCUCCAGCUGGGCCACAACAUGUUCAAGUACAGCCAAGCGAACUCCAUUUACCUGAGUCCAGCCCUCAAUCUCCAGGGGCGCAUCGAGUACAACAUGUUCCGGUACGGGUCGUAUGGCUGCAUCUAUGUGAACAACGACUACAUCUACCCGGAGUUUAACUAUCUGCCCGUCAAGCUGCUCAUCCAGAGCAAUUACUUUAUGCGAAACAGCGGACUGCACGUCGUCUCCCUGGCCCUGUCGCCCUACAGUCGGGCGGAGGUGCAGUACAUUCUCUUCACACGGAACUUUGUGCGGAGCAACAACAUCACGGAGGCCUUCGGUCCGCUUGUGGCGGGCAGCGAGGGCAGCGAUGGGGCCGGUCGACUGAAUCCGAGAUCCCGAGUCGCCGCACCGGUGGUCGUCGGCUCAAGCAAUGUGGACAUAUUCCGGAAUAUAUUGCACAACCUGGACUCGGCCUACGAGAUUGGCUCGCAGCUGACGGACCAGAGCCAGAUCAUCAAUGCCACCUGCAAUUGGCUGGGCCACACGGACGAGAGUCGCAUCUACGCCAGGCUCUUCCAUCGCAACGAUCGCUACAAUCUGGCCAAGAUCAACUACAUACCCUAUUUGCUGCACAGCUCCAAUCCGGGCUCCACGGCCAUGAUCACCGUCUCCACGGUCGUGCCCCGCUUCUUCCACGAGGGCAGCGAUGUGAUUGGCGGCGAGGUGGAUGGCCAGGACAUGGUGCCAGCGGGCACUUACACAGUGACCAAGGACAUCAAUAUACGUCCCGGCGGCAAGCUCAUCCUCCAGCCGGGCACGACGCUGCGCUUCGAGCCGAGCGUGGGCAUGAUGGUGGCGGGCAAGCUGGAGGCGCGUGGCCGUCGACCCGACGACAUCCUCUUCACACUGAAGCGGGAGACCAUCAUGGGCAACGACACGGAGACCAUUGACCUGGACAGCGAAACAGAGGCCAUCGACAUGGAGACGGAGGUGCUGCCCGUGGAUGGGGUGCCGCGGGUGCCGGUGCGUCUGGUGGGCGGUGUCAGUGCCCGCGAGGGCCGGCUGCAGGUGUACGUCAAGGGCCGCUGGGGCACCGUCUGCGACUACGGCUGGAAUGUGCUGAAUGCGGCGCUCGUCUGCCACCAGCUGGGCUACUCGCUCAAUCCGCAGGACUGGCGCCUGCUGCGCUCCCAGCUGCCCAAUGCGGGCACCUCCGAGGAUGUGCUGCUCGCCAACGUGCGCUGCACCCCGCACGACCGCGACGUGACCAAGUGCCGGGCGGAGCACGAGUUCGAGAACAGCUGCAGCCACGACAGCGAUGUGGGCCUGCGCUGCUACGAGGGCGCCUGGGCAGGCGUCCGGUUCAGCAUGCUGGCCGAGCGGGCGGAUCUGCAGUACGUGACCGUGGAGAAGGCGGGUCUGUUCGACUACACCACCAACUCGUUCAAGCCGGCGGUGCAAAUGGACCAUGCACGCCACAACCUGGAGAACGUGCGCGUCGUGAACAAUUUGCAGGACGGACUGGGCAUCAUCUAUGCGGACAUCUAUGCCGGCAAGUCGGUGAACAACAUCAAGAACUCGGAGUUCUCUGGCAAUCGCGGCAGCGGCAUCAGUCUGAAGCAGCUCGACUUUCGCAUCUCCGGCUCGAUCAUCAAGGAUAAUCUGGGCAGCGGAAUCUCGCAUGAUGCAGUCAUCGCAGCGCUGGAUCAGAAGGAGAUUGGCGGCUGGUUCAACAUGGCCCAGGAUUUCAAUGCCUACGACACCGACUACGAUCCCUAUCUGCUGCCGCACGAGAUAGCGAACAUCGAUCUGGGCACCUUCGAGCACAAGUACAUCCGCACCGAGGAGCUGCUCGGCCAGUCGAUCAGUCGCAAGAUCGUGGUGCAGUGCCCCGCCGGCUAUGUCAUCGGCAUACAGCUGCUCAAUCCCAUACACAAUCUGUCCACGGAGAGCAUAAGCAUCCUGAAUGCCCGCACGGAGAACAUCCGGAGCGAUCUGUGGCAGGUGAAGCGCGACCUCAACGUCUUCCCGGUCACCAGCAGCAGCUACGGCAUCAUCAUCUACUAUGAGAGCGGCCCGCAUGCCCUGGGCGGAGCGGUGCUCAUGCUGUCCACUGUGACGGCGCCCGUGCAGAACAUCCGGAACCGGAUCGUGAGCGGACCAGUGCCCACACUGACCAUACGCUCGACCAAGAUACAGAAGAAUCUGCGCGGCAUUACGGGCUACUACUACAAUCGCUAUAUAGGCGACAAUGGAGAGUAUUAUCUGCGCAAGGCCAACGAGUCGAUCAAGCUGAUCAACUCGGAGCUGAGCUUCAAUGAGCGUGAGGCCAUACUGAUCAAGUCGCCCUACUGGGACGUCAUCUCUAGCAACCUCUCGGAGAUCACGCUGCACAUCAACAGCUCGCUGAUCACUCAGAACGGGUACGGCAUCAGGCAGCUGUCCAAGGAUCUGCGCUCCUCCAACAACCUCUUCCACUAUGUGGUGCAGGACAGCACAGUGGAGCAGAAUGCCCAUGGGGGCUUCCAGGUGGCCCUGCCCUAUGUCUGGCAGUACAACGAGAACUUCACACACUCGAUUUACUUUGGGAACAGCACUUGGCAGCGCAACCGCAACUUCCACAUUGGCAUCUAUGGACACUAUGCGGUCUUCAACAUAACCUCCAAUGUGUUCCGGGAGAACAGCUGCCCGGGCGCACUCAUCUCGCUGGACGGCAUGGAGAAGCGACUGCGCUUCGAUAACAAUCGCUUCGAGGGUAACUUCAACAAGUUCGUGCUGCUCUUCAAGGCGGACAGCCUGAGCGAGAUCAUUGGCCAGGUGCCAGCCACCAUUGAGUACAACACGUUCAAGGGCAAUCAGAUCAUGACCUUGAUCGCGGACUACCGGCACUACAUGAGAGCCGCUCGACGCAUACGCAAGCAGCACCAGCUGCCCAGCGCGGUCAUCCGACUGGACGGCGUGCAGAACAUAAGGCUCUACCGGAAUCUGAUAGCCAACAAUGAGAUGGACUACAAUCUGGUGGCGGGAGUGAGAUCGGCCCGCCUCAAUAACUACUUCCAUGCCCAGGAGAACUGGUGGGGCAGCCAGGAUGUGGCGUACAUUGAGUCGAAAAUCUUUGAUUUUGACAACUGGAACGAUCACGCCGAUGUCAUCUAUCAGCCGUUCCUCAUUGAGGACAGCUACGACGCGAGUGUGUCGAUAGUGGCGCCGCUCAACGAGGAGUCGAACCUGGCCAGGUACCAAGGCGGUCGCGUCUACCGCGACCUCACGCUGCCCAAGAAGAACUUGCCCUACUACAUAGCCUCGGAUAUUACCGUGAUGCCGGAUACCACUCUGACCAUACAGCACGGAGUGACGCUGGAGUUUGAGCCGAACGUGGGCAUACUCGUGCUGGGCACGCUCAUAGCCAUUGGCUACAAGGAGUCGCCGAUUGUGAUGCGUCCGUUCAGGAACUCCACCAAGGAGUCUCUGGUGGCGGCGCCACCGCGCAAGCGAGCCCUGGAGGACAUGAGCGCUGCCCUCACCGACUUCGACUCUAUACGGCUCUGCACCAGCGCCAGCAACUGCACGGGGGAGGCGGACGGGCUGUCCGAGCUGAACGAGGGCUUCCUGGAGUACUUCAAUCACACGACACUGCAGUGGGUGCCCAUAUGCGAUAGUCGGUUCACCGAGCGCAAUGCCCAGGUCGUUUGCCGUGAGCUGGGCUUUGAUCCGCUCAACGUUUACUACGGCCACGACAGGCGCAUUGAGUUCCACACCAAUUCGCUGACUCGCAUCUGGUCCUGGGUGCAGCCGCUGGAGUGCCGUGGCGAUGAGGAGCGCAUGGAGGACUGUGCCGAGCGGCUCAAUGGCCAGCUCUACGGCCAUCGGCACGAGUGCCGCUGGGACGAUGUGUUCGUCUUCGUUAGCUGCAACGGCCUGGCCGACGACGAUGUCUACUGGGGCGGCAUUCGGUUCGCCAACUCCAAGUUCGAGGAGAUCCAAUACGAGCACCGUCUGCACAACACCCGCUCGCACGGCCAGCCGCUGCAGCGCGAGAGCCAGCUGGAGUUUGUGCGCAUCGAGCACGCGGGCAUUCUGCACAAUCACAAGGCGGCUGCCAUUCAGGCCAUCCACAAGAAUCCCAGCAUCACCUCGGUCAGCAUUGAGAGCUCGGCAAACCAUGGCAUCAAUCUGAUAGCGCCCAGCGGCAAGCUCAACCUGAAUCAUCUGAACAUCAACAAGACGCUCGGCACGGGCAUCAGCAUUGUCUCGCUCAGCGGCGAGGGUCGCGACAGCGAUGAGUCCAGCUUCACGCCGCUCAAGAAACUCGACCUGCCCUACAAGCUCUUCUCGCUGGUGGACAUCUGUGAUCCCCAGAAGGUGCUGACCAUCGAGGAGCGCAUGCUGGUCUACUAUAAGUACGACAAUAAUCCCGUCAAUUGUGUCAAGAUCUUUACCUCCGCCUUUCGGGCCAAGCCCAUUGGCUUCCGGCUGCUGCAAUCGAAUCUGUUCAAUCACUCCAAGCUCUACGGGCGCACCGACUUCAUUAAGCUGUACGAUGGGGAUAUCUAUAAUGUUACGGCUACGUAUCUGGGCAAGAUCGAAUCGGAUACGGACAAUCAGCGCUCCUUCUUCAAGACAAAGGGCCCCACUCUAAGUCUUCAGCUGGUGGCCAGUGGCGCUCCAGAGACCCAUGGCUUCCUGGCCGAGAUUGUUACGGUGCCCAUCUCCACGCUGGGGCAAUAUCGAGAUGCCCUGCACAACAUAACAGACUCUCACAUUUCGGGUGCCAUGAAGGGAGCCGUCACCUAUGCCUCAGCCGGUGAAGUGACCCCAACUCUCACUCUGAUAGGCAAUCGCAUUGAGAGGAACUGCAAGCAGCUCUAUGGUAAUUUCUCCACCUGCGCCUCAGCGCUCAAUCUGGACGUGCAGAACAUGAACUCGCUCUACUUUAUGAACAAUUUGCUGUUGGAGAAUCAAGGCGGUCUGCGCAUCCGUGCUGACUCGCGCGGCACCGCCACCUCGUUGCGUGGCUUUGUGCACCACAAUCUCUUCAUGCGGAAUCGCAAUCGCCCUGCCUUGUAUGUGGAAGGUCGCCAGUCGUCGCCCUACCAGGAGGUCGAGCUCUAUCGCAACUACUUCGCCCAGAACAUGGCUGGCUACGAGGAGGUCAUUCGACUCUGCCAGGUCGUCUCCAACUUCAGCUACAACUACGUCCACAGCAAUGUGGGUGGUCGCAUCAUGGAGGUGUCCGGCUUCGAAAAAGUGCGACUGCAAAUCUAUCAGACGACGGCCCACAAUGGCUUCUACAGGAAUGUGGCCACCAACUGGAUGUCUCGCGCUACCAUUGUGGCCGGCACUGCGGGCCAGCAGUAUGUGGACAACAUAUUCGAGAACUAUGAGAAUGAUUACGAGCUGCUGACUGUCAAUAACUCGAUUAUGAGCUUUGAUUACGAAAACAGGACCUUUGAGACAUGGAGCUCCAAGAUUGAUGCACGCCACAAUUACUGGAGCUACAACAACACCAUCUCGGUGCAGUCGCGCAUUAGGGAUAAAUACGAUGAUCCCAUGCUGCUGGAGGUGCUGGCCGUGCCCUUCCAAAUGAACAACGAGACUAUCUUGGAUGGCAAGUGCCCGCCGGGCUGGGCCUUGGUGCACGACACCUGCUUCAUCUAUGUUGGGGCGCCGAUGACGUUCCAUGAGGCGCGCGACUUCUGCCGCUCGGAGAACUCAACGAUGCCCUUCCUGCGCACCGACAAGAUCACGUUAUGGCGGUACUUACAGAGCCAGAUGCGGCAUCUCAAGUACCCGGAGAAGGUCUGGAUACAGGACUACAAUCACAUCGAGCGCUGCACGAGCUUCGUCUUCGGCGAGAUCGAAGUGGAGGACUGCAGCAAGGAGCGCGGCUUCAUCUGCGAAAUGGAUCCGAGGGUCAUCAUUGAUCCCUUGUCGUGGCGCGCGGACAUUUUUGCCAUAAGUAUUAUCUCGGCCUUUGUGCUGGCCAUCAUUCUGCUCAUUCUGGUGGCCUUCUGCUGGUUCGCCAAGUCCAAGCACCGACACGUGCAACGCCUGCAGCGACGCAACAGCAUCCGCCAGAGCCUGCGCAGCCUGAACAGCAUCGAUCCGCAGGGCUCGCUGCGUCGUCGUCCCAAUUAUAACAUGUCCAGCAAUGGCACGCUGUCCAAGAGCCAGGACUACAAGCAGAUGGUGGCCAAUGGCUCCAUCGACUCCAUGGACAAGAGCGUGCUCAGCUCAGAGGCGGGCAGCUACGAGGGCUACGAGCAGAAGCCGCACUACAACGAGUACGUUAACCAGAACGCGCUGCGGACUGGCUCAGCUGGCCAGGAGCAGCCGCACAAGGUGGCCACCAUAUCGAAGGGCAGCUCGCACAGGGCGCGGGCGGCGGCGGCUGCGGCCGCUUUGCAGCCGGAUGCCUUCGAGCUGAGCUACCGCAACGAGGGCUUCCGCGACAACUCGACCUAUGGCGGCGGCACCCGCGCCAAUUCCAUCAGCACCAGCGUAGCGGAGGACACGCCCAUCAUUCAUCAGACAGACGCCGAGGAGGUGGGCUCUGAUUACUAUGGCAAUGCCAGCACGUUGCCCUUGCGCACGGACACCGGCGGCAGCAGCAGCGUGGGCGGUAGGCGUGGCCAGCCAGGCCUCGCCUUCCUCAGCGAGCUGAAGCAGAACCUGCCGGAGUAUCAGCGCAGCUCGCACAGCAGCUUCAUGCCGCAGCGCAGCAGCGGCGACUCGCUGCCAUUUGACCAGAAGCUGGACCAGUUCAACUUCUCCACGGAGUCGUCGCUCUAUCGGCCGGCGCCGGCCGUGCCGCAGCAGCAGCCGUCGCCCGCUGACAUGAGGCGUCCGGACUCCUACUAUACGGCCGUGCGAAGCAGCAAGGCGCCCACGUCCCACUAUCGAACGCCCGCACCGCUGGCCAAGCCACUGACCAAGCCGCCGGCGGUACCCAUAGUGCAGGCGACACGCCCAAAGACUGUUUAUCAGACGGCCUCGCAGGAGCCGUCGCCCACGUCGCCCACAUCGCCCACGCCGCUGGCCACUGCCAAUCCCUAUCAUCGCUCCAAGUCGGAGGCACUGCUCGAGACGGACUUCGAUGAAGCCGGCGACGGCGGCCUGGCGCCUCUGCACACCAACGGACGCAGUCACAGCCAGCCCCUGGAGACGGCCAUGUAAUGACCGGACUGCAGUCGCAGUCGCUGCCACGCCCCUCCCCUACACAUUCACAACAUAUUUUUAAGUUUACAUCAAAAUUAAUUUUAAAGACGAGAUUAUGUUGGCCGACGAGCGCCCCACGUUGUUUUAUGUAGAAAACUUAAAGCAUUCCAUCCAUUAGCUAUAAAAACGAACAGAAGAAAAAGACGAACGCAGAAAAAAAAC